AGCACGGGGCCACCACCACAGGCCUGUCCCUCUGCUCACGUCCCUGCUUUUCCCCCCGAAGAAGUCCCCAGGGUGUCUCGUGACUGCAGCCACGGGGCAGGAGGCAUCUUGCACCUCUAUCUCACGGCGUCUGCCCUCAGCUCUCGGCUGCCUGCAGUGCCGGCACAGGCUGGAGGAGAGCCGGAGACUGGCCUGGUAACAAGUCUGGACCCCGACACGGAUGAGGAAAGACAUUGGUAAAUAUUAUGAGGAGGAAGAGGAGGAGGAUGCCUUGCCGGACUCGGAUGCCCUGCCAGACUCAGAUGAUGAGGUGGAGUUGGAUAAUCCGCGCCCCAUACAGAUUGUUCUUGCUCACGAAGAUGACCAUAACUUUGAACUAGAUGAAGAAGCAUUGGAAAAAAUCUUGCUUCAGGAACACAUCAAAGAUCUUAACAUAGUAGUUGUAUCUGUAGCAGGAGCUUUCCGCAAAGGAAAAUCUUUUCUGCUGGACUUCAUGCUUAGAUAUAUGUAUAACAGGACUUCUCCUUGCUGGAUAGGUGGAAAUACUGAGCCAUUGACUGGGUUUACAUGGAGAGGUGGAUGCGAACGGGAAACCACCGGCAUUCAGAUUUGGAGCGAAGUGUUUGUAAUUGACAAACCCAAUGGGACAAAGGUUGCUGUACUACUCAUGGAUACCCAAGGUGCCUUUGAUAGCCAAUCCACUAUCAAAGACUGUGCAACGGUUUUUGCUCUGAGCACCAUGACGAGUUCUGUCCAGGUAUACAACUUAUCCCAGAACAUUCAGGAAGAUGACCUUCAACACUUGCAGUUGUUUACAGAAUAUGGAAGGCUAGCGAUGGAAGAAAUUUAUCAAAAGCCGUUUCAGACGUUAAUGUUCUUAAUUAGAGACUGGAGUUACCCUUAUGAACAUGCAUAUGGUUUGGAAGGAGGAAGAAAAUUCCUAGAGAAAAGAUUGCAGGUAAAGCAAAACCAGCAUGAAGAGCUACAGAAUGUAAGGAAGCAUAUUCACUCCUGUUUCAGUAACCUUGGCUGUUUCCUGUUGCCACACCCUGGUCUCAAAGUUGCAACAAAUCCAAACUUUGAUGGGAGGUUGAAUGAUAUAGAUGAAGAUUUUAAGAAGGAGCUGCGAAAUUUGGUGCCAUUACUGCUUGCCCCUGAAAACUUGGUAGAAAAAGAGAUUAGUGGAUCCAAGGUCACCUGUAGAGAUCUUGUAGAAUACUUCAAGGCUUAUAUUAAAAUCUAUCAAGGAGAGGAGCUACCUCAUCCAAAAUCUAUGCUCCAGGCAACGGCUGAAGCGAACAAUCUUGCUGCUGUGGCAGGAGCAAAAGACUUGUACAGUAAAGGCAUGGAGCAGGUUUGUGGGGGAGAUAAGCCUUACAUUGCCCCAUCGGACCUCGAGCGGAAGCACCAGGAUUUCAGAGAGUCGGCUGUCCGGCAGUUCCGCUCGGUGAAGAAGAUGGGAGGGGAGGAGUUCUGUCGGCGCUACCAGGACCAGCUUGAGGUGGAAAUCGACGAGAUCUAUGCAAACUUUGUGAAGCACAACGAUGGCAAAAACAUCUUUUAUGCUGCUCGUACCCCUGCCACUCUAUUUGCGGUCAUGUUUGCCAUGUAUAUAACCUCAGGACUGACUGGGUUCCUUGGUAUGAACUCCAUAGCUACGCUGUGUAAUCUCAUAAUGGGGAUGGCUCUUAUAUCCCUUUGUACUUGGGCAUAUGUUAAGUACUCUGGGGAAUUCAGAGAAGUUGGAACAGCCAUUGAUCAAAUUGCUGAAGCUAUAUGGGAACAGGUGUUGAAGCCCAUGAGUGAUAAUUUGAUGGAGGAUCAUAUGAGGCAGUCUGUAAAAAACUCUAUCAAAGCAGGCCUGACCGAGCAGGUGUCUCAGCAUGCCAGACUAAAGACAGACUGACAGUUCAUCUCCUCUUCAACUCUGCCCUCUCAUCCUAGACAUGCUUGCUGUACCAUGAGAACUCAAUAAUAAAAAAAAAUAAAUAAAUAAACCAAAGUUUACAAUCAACUGUAGAAGUAGUUUAGUGUGACUGGCUUUGCAGAUCGCUGCCAUCACCUGGGAAGAGUAAGUUUGUCAGUGCUCUGCUUCUGAGACAAACUGGUGCUGUGGAGACCGCCGGGGGGGUGGGGGAGGGAAGGGUGCGUGUUUUAAGUAUAGUCCUGGUGAACUGUGCACGUAUGCGUUUGGGGUGUGGGAGGGCUCUUCCUCCCGUAUUUGACUUGAUGCAGUCUCUGGCUUACGAGUGGGAAUCUGUCCUCUGCGGGAGGUAUUUCAGGGAAGUGAUGGUCAGACCCACAGCAGGUGCCCUCGACCCGAAUGUACCUAGCUCUGCAACAUCCCCUUGCCACUUCUAACUCGGGAGAGUUUGUGCGUAAGCGUACCACGCCGGUGAAGCCAUUAGAGCCACUACAUUACAAUAUGUAUCUUGCUUUACUGCCUUUUAUACCAGUGUUACACAAAUGCAUGUAUUGGUUCCUCACGCAGCCGACGGCAGAACUAACUGUUGUAAGGGAGACCGUGGGUCAGAGCCUAUGUUGUCUUGCCUUGAACUUGCAGACCUGGUCCCGAGGGAGAUGCAUAUCAGAUCUGAGCUGUCUUUUUCUGCAGUUUAGCCUUCAUGUAUAUAAUAUUGCCAUUAAUUCUACUGGGGGAGAAAUUCCAUCCAAAAAUGUUGCCUACAGCUACCAAGCAAUGAGUUAGGAUUGUCUGUACAGUGUGUUUAGUUUUUAUUUUUUAAGAAAUCACAGAUAGGGCAUGUACAUGAAAUAUAAAUAUAUAAAUACGAUUUUGUAUCAAAGUUUUGUAGUUUAUGGCAAAACCUGGUUCUGUGGUAGCUAAGUGCAGUCCCUGUAAAGGAAUGUUUGUGGCUCAUGUAAAUGUGUGAAUGCAUCAACAAUUUGAAGUUUUUGAUAUAUUUGUGAUAUUUACCUGCCUUGAGCACUGCAAUCUCUCACCCCCUUGGGAAAAUCAGUGGGAAUGUUUGUUGUGGAACUCUUGUCCUCUGUUGCAUUUUAAAGUUAUUUCCUGUAAUUUAUUUUCAGUACAUGAUUAAAAUCAGUUGUGUAUAUAUGAAAUGAAAUUUGUGCUUAUUUUUAAAAGAUGCUCACGUAUGUAUUCUACUACAUAAACUAUGUCAAAUACUUAUCUUGAGAGUUAUAUGAACAAAUUGUCUGUUGUACUUCAUAGCCUUCUCUUGAAGCUGAUGCUCCCCUCGUGCUCGUCUCUGAAAGACGACAGAUGUCUAGCUCCUCUCCCCUCCCUGUUCAGGGGAGCUUCCUGCCCUUCGGAAGGACGCUGCCUGACCUGGGGAGGUGCUUGUCAGCUUCUGCCCUCCAACAGCUCUGUCAUUCUGAAACCUUGCUACAGCCUCUUAACUGAUUUUUCACUCUUGACUAGAUCACUAUCAACUAAGGUAUUUUCAGAUGUGUGGAGGGUAAGGGCAGCUAAAUAGUUAACUGUUGUCAUUUGAGCUGGAAACGACUGUGUGCAAUAGCUGUUUUUCGCAUUCCUGAGUGGUAAGAGCUUCCAUAGACUCUUGAGCUUCAUCAGUCUCCCCCCUCUUGAAUGAGGGAAAUCAUCUGUCUAGGACUAAAGCAAUUGCACUGUGACUUUUUCACCCUAAGGAACUGCUAGGGAGUAGUGAAGUGACCUGUCCUCUGGCAAAGAGGGCUCAGCUCCAGGUGAAUGAUGGUGAAGAUGAGGUAGGAAUGUUGCAUUUUAUGAUAUCUUCUCUCAAAACUGUACAGAUUAAAUACUGUUGUUUAAACAA